CUCUGUAAUCUCUGCAUUAUAAGGUGAGUCCUGAGAAGUUAUCCCGUAGGAGAGGCUGGAUAUACUCUCCAAGGGCAAAUCAGUGUGAAAAUUUCAACGGCAACAAAACGAAGUCUACUGGAUGUUCUAAAAGAUGAAAGACCAAAUGUAUAUAUAACAAUUAUAUAGAGAUGAAGAGAGACACUACUCGCACUGAAAAUCGUAAAUCUCAUCUUAUAGCCUAUUAAGAUAACUAAAGUCCGAUAGCACAAGGCACUUAAAGUAACGUACAUUUACUAUUUGUUGCUAGUUUAUAAUUCUAUUUCUUCACAUUUCAGGGGGAAAUUGCACUUUAACUCACUAUCUAACAGUUAUAGUGACUAGUUACUUUGCAGAUUUAGAAUAUAGAAAAAUAAAUCCUGAUAUGAUAACGUAACACUGACACCGACUGACCAUUCUGCUGCAGAGUAACAACUUUUUUUUUCUAUUUUUACUUCUUUUUUUUUUAAAAUUUGUUAGUAAGAUUUUGAAUGCAGGACUUUGACUUGUAAUAGAAUAUUUUUAAAGAGUGGUUUUGUAUUGCUUGUAUUGCCUUACUGAUCUGAAUACACACGCCACCACUUCUCUCUGCAUGUGGCACAUUUGAAACAAAAAUAAUUUUAGAGGUAAAUGUUUGGUAUAAAAUGUGCCCAAGAUGAUCAAAAUUAGGUUGUAAUUAUUUGAUAUCUCACUGUCUUCUGAAAUCCAGGCUAGGUGUGACAUGUAGAGACUGAGCAGAAUGGGGUUACCCAUGAUGAAGUGCAUCACCUCUGCACCCACACAUGCUCAGUCAUGCACACACAUGCCUGUUCUCUCUCUCUCUCUCUCUCUCUCUCUCUCUCUCUCUCUCUCUCUCUCUCUCACACACACACACACACACACAGAGUUAUCUUCAAACUCUUGAAAACUGUAUGAUUAUUAGUAUUUCAUUUACAAACGAUAAUAACAUUGUAUGAGGUCUGUAAUAACUACCAUGCUGCAUCUGAAAACUAACAAUGUUAUUUGGUCUCGAUAAUCUCACAAAGGGCAGGUUGAGCCAGACAGAUCUGCAGAGUGAAUGGUUUCUGUCUGUAUGUAGUUGCUAGGAUGAGGUAUUUCACUUAGCAAUAAGGUAGAAAACACACACAUACACACACAGCCAGAACCACAAGCUAUAACAAUGACUUGCUAAGUACGAACAGCUUUAGUUUCCUACUAUUUAUAAUGUUCAGUAUACUCAAAGGUUUUGAUGCUCAAGCAGCAUCAAACUGUAUCAACCCAUAUGCUGUGGAUGUGAUCCGGACAAAGAGAAGGGACCUGGUUUAUGGGAUCUCACAUACUGAGGAUCUGCUGGAUCUACUCGUCACAGAGGGGGUCAUGACAGCAGCCAAGAGAUCCAUCGUUUUGACCAUCAGGACUCGCAAAGAUCAGAAUUCCAGAAUCCUGGACAUCCUGGAAGCCAGAGGUGAGAGGGCAUGUCGGAAGUUUUUCUAUCCAUGUCUCAGGUUGGUAGAGCCUGACCUUUAUCAGCAAAUCAAAACCUAUGUGGGGAGUGUGAACGAACAUAUUAGAGACACAAGGAGACAGCUGAUUGGAUAUUUGUUGGAGAGGGAAAAGGAGGGAACAGUGGGAACAGUCGCCCAGACUCAUAAGAAGACUCGUAGGUCAUUUACCAUUGAAGAAACUAAAAGAUUAGGCCCUGAGAUUGAGGAAAGCAGCCCUGCACCACUUGAAAAAUUAGGGGAUAAAGCAGCACAACAUAAAGUAGAUAACCUCAUUCAUAUGAUUACUACAGAUGGUGAGCAGGUCCUGCUGGAGGACCUGUUAGACAACACUAAUAUUAACACUGUCAGCUCCUCCAAUGAGUCUCUGUUACACGUAGCUGCUGAGCAUGGCCAUCUAUCCAUCAUUGAGCUCUUGAUCCGUAAAGGAGCCAGGCUGGACUCACAGGAUAAUAAUGGUCACACAGCUCUUCACAGAGCAGCCAGAAGGGGUCACACUGAAAUAGUCAGGGGCCUCAUAAAGGCUGGGGCCCCCAUGUACACUCUGGAUCUCCAUGACAAAACUCCCAUUCACCUGGCAGCAGAAAAUGCGCACCUGGAUGUUGUGAAAGUGCUGGCUAAGGAGGAGGCCACGCAGUCUGAGAGCCAGACACAGGACACCUUUCUCCACAGGGCAGCUAUGGAAGACAACUGGAGGCUGGCUGAGUUGCUGCUGCAGAGCGGGGCUGCUGUUGAUGCCAGAAACAACAAUCAAAAAACUGCUCUGUUUUAUGCAGUUGCCAGGAGCAACGAGAAAACUGUGACAGUCCUUCUAGACGCAGGAGCUAAAGUUGACAAUGACGUUAUAAAUGAGGCCAUUAAGCUCAGUCAACAAUCAAUUCUUCGACUGCUGCUUGCUAAUGCCAGAGGAGCUCUAAGUGAGGAAGCACUGGGCUCCACUCUCUUCUCAGCUGUUAGACAGAACCAGGAUGGAGUAGUGACUGCUCUAACAGACAGCGGAGUAAAUGUGAACGUGUGUGACAAACAGGGAUACACGCCUCUCCUGUUGUCGGCUGAGCUGGGACACACUGAGGUUUUCAGAGUGCUUGUAGAAAAACUGGCCAAACUGGGUGCUACUUUAUCCAACCUCUCCUCAGUCUUGCACCUAGCUGUUCAAGGUGGCAGUGUUCCCAUAGUACAGACACUGCUGGAAAAGGGAUUAGACCCCAACAUAACUGGACCUAAAACCCAAACCCCCUUACACCUGGCCGCUCAGUGUAAUAGAUCAGACUUAGUCAGUCUGUUGUUAAAAGCUGGAGCACAGGUAAACGCAGUAGCUGAGGAUGGACUGACCCCUCUGCAUUUAGCCAGUCAGCAGGGCCACGCAGACACAGUGAUCCAGCUUCUUCAAGACAAGGCAGAUCCAGGAAUCAAAGACAAACUGGGAAGGACAGCCCUGCACUGGGCAGCCUCUUCCCAUGGAGAGACCAGUGUGGUGGACUUGCUGCUGUCAGCCAAAGCCAAUCCAAACACCACUGACAAUGAGAAAAAAACUGCACUCCACCUGGCUGCUAUGGAGGGGAAGUUAGAUAUUGUGACGUCAUUGCUGUCCCACAAGGCAAAGGGAGGGGCUAAAGAUAUGGAUGGCUCCACGCCUCUGCAUUAUGCAGCAGCUGGUGGGCAUGCCGGUGUGGUUUCAGCUCUUCUACAGUCGCUUCACAAUAAGGGGCUAGAGGAGAGGAACACAUGGAGGAAAACACCGCUCCAUGCCGCAGCGGAAAAGGGCCACGACAGCGUGGCUGUGCUGCUGCUGGAGGCCGGGGCAAAGAUCAACACUACAGAUCACAGUAAAGACACUCCUCUGCACUGUGCUGCCCGAGGUGGACACCUGGAGGUAGUUGGGAGGCUUGUAAACUGGGGUCAGGGUGCACACUUGGGACAGAAGAAGAAGGUGAAUCUGCAGGCUACAAAUAAUGUGGGGAAGACACCACUGCAGGUGGCAGAGAGUGGAGACACACCAGAACAUGAGAACAUUGCCACUUUACUCAAGAGAAAAAUGUUUCUCAUCAAGUGAAGGGAGAGACGUUAAGAGAGAAAAUGACAGGAACUGAGAAGUCAGUGAAUUUUCUCUCUAUGUCAGUAUCACACUCGGAUAUUUCAAUUCAGAAAUGCAUCUUAAAAUAAAUUUUCCGAAAAUCUCACAGCAAAAGAAAUAAUCAGUAUCUGUAUUUUACGCCCAUUGUAUUGGCUGGUUGGUCCACCACCUUGAAUCAUAAUUAAAUAUCUCAACAACUAAAGGAUGGGUUGCCGUUUAAUUUUGUACAUACUGUACAUUCAUGGUCCUCAGAUGACAAUGUAAUGAUUUGUUCCAAUACAAAUUUGGCUGCACUUAGCUAACGUUAGCCUGCUACAUACUAAACUAAGAUUAUAAACAGAAAAAAACUACACCUGCUUAACAUUGUCAUUAUGAUCAUAUUAGUUUGCUGAUGUUGGCAUUUAGUUCCAUGCACUGUUGUUCCAAAGUACAACCUUACAGUGCUGCUAGCAUGCCUGAAGACUCUUCGUCUUAGUUUAUGGU